CCAGUGUCAGUCAACGUCCGAGAAUGCCUACGGGCCCAUAAUGCCUAUCGCGCCCGUCACGGUGCACCACCGCUAGAAUGGGACUCGGCUAUGGCUCAUGAGGCACAAGCAUACGCCGUAACGUUAGCAAGGACAAAGUCAAUGAGGCAUUCUAGCAUUAGAUCAUAUGGAGAAAACUUGGCGAUGCGACAGGCGUGGGGUAGCGAUGUAAAGUAUACGUGCGCACAAGCUACAAAGGACUGGUAUGACGAAGUGAAAUAUUAUUCGUAUUCAAGACCAGGAUUUUCAGGAAAAACGGGACACUUCACUCAGGUCGUUUGGAAAUCAACCAGGCGCCUCGGUGUUGGUAUUGCCAAGAACGGCGGCUUUAUAAUCAUCGUUGCUCGGUACAGUCCACCAGGAAACUUCAUUGGCGCCUUUCGUCAAAAUGUUGGAAGGCCACGUUAUUAA